AUGCCGCAUGCCACUCCUGCGCUCUCCCCCGAAGAGUAUGACAUGUUGCUCGGCCAGCGCGUCCCGUGCCGCUGGGGCGACGCGUGUGGCGUCCUGCUCGACGACACCUCCGCAUCCGGCCUCAUGCGCCACCUCCGCGCGUACCACCUCACGCCUACCCCACACGUACCGUGGGACAAGCGCGCCCGCGCCCAUUGUGUUUGGGGUGGCGCCACGGGCUGCGGCAAGGAGAUGGCAAACGCAAGCCUCGGGAAGCACGUCGCCGCCGUCCACCUUCGCGUGCGCGUCGAAUGCCCGCGAUGCCACCGCGACGUCGGCCGUGCGGGUCUUCUGGAGAGACACCUGGAGCUCUACUGCGAACAACGCCCGUGGCCGUGA